CUAUAUAUAGGUGGGUUAGUGUAAAGAUGGGUUAUGACGGAUGAUGCGUUGGUGGAUUAACAUGAGUUGGUUGGUAUUCAACCCUUACCAAAUCCACGCAUUUGUCACUACUUCGGGUAGAAUUGGUACAUGCGCGGGUAUUGAUGUUUAGGUGGAGGUAUUUGAAAUUUUGAAUGGUUACAAGUCUGCAGUGGAGUGCAACUUAAUUCCAUCAAGUGCUUUUUCGUUCACAAACUGAAGGCGGUAAUUUUUUAGCGAAGUUAGCUCAAUUGGGUUGGUAAUGGCUAAUAGCAAAUACGAGUACGUGAAGUCCUUCGAAGCCGAAGACAAGUUGUUGCCAAACACUUGGAUUGUUAUUAAAAUCGGUGGCCAUGAUUUUACCAGAUUUUCUGAAGUCCAUGAAUUUAUGAAGCCAAAUGAUGAGCAAGCUUUGAAUCUGAUGAACUCUUGUGCCAUGGCUAUGUUAGAGGAAUAUCCAGAUAUGGUACUUGCGUAUGGUUUUAGAGAUGAGUACAGCUUUAUUUUGAAGGAGGCGUCUGAGUUCUACCAAAGGCGUGCCAGUAAAUUAGUGUCCGUCUCUGUGUCAUUCUUCUCUGCUGUUUAUGUUAUGAAAUGGAAAGAAUUCUUCCCUGAGAAAGCAUUAAAGUACCCACCUUCUUUUGAUGGACAGGUUUUUUGCUGUCCAUCAGUUAAGAUACUUAAAGAUUAUCUGAUGUGGAGGCAAGCAGAUUGUCAUACUGGUAAUCAGUACAACACUUGUUUGUGGAUGCUGGUUAAAUCAGGACAGACCAAACAGGCAGCGCAAAAUAUUCUAGAGGGUACUCAAAAACAGGAGAAAAAUGAACUACUUUUCCAACAGUUUGGUAUCAACUACGACAAACUACCAAUUAUGUUCCGCAAAGGAUCCUGUGUUUUAAGGCACAAGGUGGAAGAAAUUAUCAAGUACAAUAGAAGUGGAGAUCCUGUUAAAAGAUUACGGAAGAAGGUGAUGGUGGGCCAUUUCAAUCUAGAUUCACCAAACUUUUGGACUAAGCAUCCAAGUCUUUUGGAUGAAUUGGGAGUACCUGAAUCUCAUAGAGAAACUUUGAGCAAAGUUUGGUCAACCAAAUGCGAGAAUGUGAAAUCUUUUGAAGUGAAAAAUAGUUUGAUGCCGUCCACAUGGGUUGUGGUUAGAAUUGAUGGCCGCCAUUUUCACAGAUUUUCUGAGGCCCAUGAAUUUGAGAAACCAAAUGAUGAGAAAGCUUUGAAUUUGAUGAACUCAUGUGCAGCAGCAGUCCUAGAAGAGUUUCCUGAUGUUGUCUUCUCUUAUGGGGUCAGUGAUGAAUACAGCUUUGUUUUCAAGGAUGGAUCUCAGUUCUGUGAAAGAUAUUCCAGCCAAAUAGUUUCCCGUGUUGUAUCAUUCUUCUCUUCUAUGUAUGUAAUGAAAUGGAAAGAGUUCUUCCUGCAAAAGGAAUUGAAGUAUGCACCUUCUUUUGAUGGACGGGCUAUAUGCUACCCAUCAGCUGAGAUCCUUCAAGAUUAUCUGGCAUGGAGACAAGUAGAUUGUCAUAUCAACAAUCAGUACAAUACUUGUUUCUGGAUGCUGGUUAAGUCAGGAAAGGCCAAAAGUGAAGCUCAGCAUAUUUUAAAGGGUACUCAAACACAAGAGAAAGAGGAUCUGCUUCUGCAACAGUUUGGCAUCGUCUACAAUACACUGCCAGUGAUGUUCCGUAAAGGAUCAUGUGUCUUCAGCGACAAGGUGGAAGAGAGCAUGGAGGAAAAUGGUGGACAUCCUGUUGAAGGAUAUUUGGAGAAAGUGAUUGUGGAACAUUGUGAUAUAAUUGGGUCAAGCUUUUGGGAUUUGCAUCCAAGCAUCCUUAGCUGUAACCUUUCGAAGCAUCCAAGCAUCUUUUGAGUACAAUUCUCUACAAGUUGGUAUCAACUACAACAUGCCACCAGCAAUGUUUUCUAAAGGAGCAAUUCUGAAGAAAAGGCAGGAGAGCGCAGAAAUGUGAAUGAGGUUGAAAAUCAUACUGAGAUACUCUGAAGUUUGUGUAAUACAGGUAAAAUCGAGGCUUUUGGAAUAUGCAGCCGAGCAUCCUUGGUUGCCUUUUUCACAAGUGAGCAGGCAAUUGUGUGAAAGUUUCUGUACAAAUUUUGUAACUAUCGUACGCUUGAACUUUUCUUUUAUCCUAGUUUAUCUAUAAAAUUAUGUGGUUAAUAAUUUCUUCUAUAAAUGUUGGUCAUUGAAUGUUCAUUUGUCAACUCGAUGAUUUGUAUCAAUUCACAAUGUAUGCGAGCUUUGGGUUUAUUUUCAAGUA